AUGGAGGUCACAGCUCUCUGCUUCAGACUGUUGAUGCUUGAAAUCGUUCAGUUGGGGACUCAAGUUCAGAAAAGUGAUGAAGCUUUUCUCCGUAUCACUCCAAACAGACUGCAGCACUUUGAAUACGACUCAGUUUCUCUUGACUGUGUUGGGUUUGAUAACUCAACUCAGUUGAGAGGAAUCAGGAAUAAUGAGGAAUUUACACUAGUAUGUGAUAUUAAGAGGACGCCAACAGGGUCCUUCUGCACCCUUGAUAGAGCCUAUCCAACAGACAGCGGAGAAUACUGGUGUGAGACUGAUGGAGGAGAGAGAAGCAACAGUGUCAACAUCACUGUCACUGCUGGUUCUGUGAUCCUGGAGAGUCCCGUCCUUCCUGUGAUGGAGGGAGACGAUGUGACUCUGCGCUGCAGAAACAAGACAAACUCCACCAACCUCCGAGCUGAUUUCUACAAAGAUGGUGUCUUCAUGAAGAGCACUGCAGCAGCAGAGAUGACCAUUAACAAUGUCUCCAUGUCUGAUGAAGGACUCUACAAGUGCACCUCUGAUGUCGGAACAUCACCAGAGAGCUGGUUGGCUGUCAGAGCAAAGAGUGUUUCUGUCACCUCUCAAACACCUCAUGAAGGGAACCAUACUGUCCUCCAUCGCUCCUCCAUCCCCACCCGCCUCCCCCUGUGGGUUGCUAUUAUCAUUGUAACAUUGUCCCUGGUGCUGCUGGUGGUGGGAUUUCUUUGUAUUGGGAGAAGCAGAGGUACAGGUAAGUACUCUCCCAAAUAUAUUGUGUGUAAAUUACUACCAAAAUAAAGGAAAAGCUUGAUGAGAAGCACAUGGCACUCUGUCAAACUUUGCAUUUCACUUUUAUCCAAUAGUGUACGCACUAAUACAAAAGAGCAUCAAAGUCCUUCAUCAAAACUGUCCUGAAGUAAACCAACUUUUCUCAUAUUGAUGUUCUUUAUUUUUGGCAAGUACUUCUCACAGUAAUCCAUCUGUCCUCUCCAUCUCUUAACGUUAUGUUGUAAUGUCUGAUCAGUAAUGUUGGCUAACACUAUGGUGCUAAAAGUCAGCACUCAGCUUCAAUCGAUAAUGUU